AUGACUGAUCUGCUUAACCGUUCCGGGAUGAUAGACUGUAAGCCGCUAGCCACGCCAGCAGCUGUCACACAAGUGGUAACUCCUUCAGCACAACCGUGUGAGGACCCCACACAGUAUCGCCGCAUAGUGGGCACCUUGCAGUAUCUGACUAUCACUCAGCCAGAUCUCUCUUAUGCGGUCAAUCGUCUAUGCCAAUUUAUGCACUCCCCAACUAUUGACCACUGGGGCUUAGUCAAACGUGUUUUGCGAUACAUCAAAGGCACUCUCGACUAUGGCUUACGUCUCUCAACUUCUGCAUCCGCCAACAUUCACGCUUUUUCAGACUCCGACUGGGUUGGGUGUCCGAUUGACAGAAAGAGCACAAGUGGGAAGCAACGCACUGUGGCUCGCUCAUCCACCAAGGCUGAGUAUAAAGCACUGGCUGAUGUCUCGGCAGAGGUCACGUGGGUUGUCUCAUUAUUACAAGAGCUUGGUUUACACUCUGGUCAGCCGUCGACUCUCUGGUGCGACAAUCUUGGAGCGACUUAUCUCUGUGCCAAUCCAGUUUUUCACGCCAUGACUAAACAUGUCGAAAUCGACUAUCACUUCGUCCGCGACAAGGUCGCCUCUGGGGACUUCGUCGUCAACUUUGUGUCCACCAAGGACCAGCUAGUAGAUAUCUUCACUAAACCGUUACCUAGGCCGAGGUUUGCAGCUCUUCGAGACAAGCUCAACGUUGUAGCACAUCAACCUUGUGCUUGA